AUGUCAUCAAAUAUCAUCACCGAAACUUAUCCUCUCGUUCUCACUGCCAGUGUGUUAAAUUUAAUCUAUUACAUUUUCACUGCACUCAGUGUUGGAUCUGCAAGAGUUAAAUAUGGCGUCAAGGCACCAGCUGUUACUGGCAACUUGGAAUUUGAAAGAGUUUAUCGUAUUCAAAUGAAUGGUCUUGAAUAUUUGACUGUUUUUAUUAGUGGACUUUGGUUGACUGCUUUGGCCAGUGGAAAUGAUUUUGUUUGUGGAAUUAUUGGUUUAGUUUAUUUGGUUGGAAGAAUUUUGUAUGGUUUAGGAUAUCCAAAUAAUCGUUCUGCUGGAUUUGGAUUGAGUUUCCUUCCAAUGGUUGCCUUGUUGAUUUGGUCUGCUUAUCUUGGUGCCACUGGUGUUUUGAGAAAAUAUAUUUUCUAA